GAUUUGAUAUAAUAAAUCCAUCAUUUUCACGGAUAGAGCUGGGAUGAUAAUUAUCCAGGUACUGAAAUUCUUAUCAGAUUCAUCAAAAAUAAUGUUGGGAGUUCCUUCUUAAAGCAGCAAUUGAUGACGAGGGGUAUUGAAGCUAAGAUCGAGAGUGUUCAUCUUCACUCAUGCAUAUGAAAUAGAGACAUCACAUCAAACAAGCAUCAUUGUCGAUACUUGUUCUCUGUCUCGAUGUCGACCAAAGGUGGACGUAACUCAUCAUGGAGUCGGCUAAAGCCCGUCAAGCAGGAUAUUUUCGAGGAGAUGGGCUUAAGAUCCAAGGGAGAUAAGCAGCUCCUUGACUAUAAAACCCAGGAACGUUUCUACAACAAGAUAGUCGAACGAUACUUGAUAUUCGCAGCUGAUGCUCGCAGAGGAGAUGAACUAAACCGGAAGCUUGCACGUCUGAAUAUUGCACAAGAUAAUGCGAAUCACGAUGCUGCCCCAACAACACAAACAGUGCCAAACCCCGCAGACCUUAUCAAUGGCAAACCCGAUACAAACGAACUCGAUGCUAUAACAAUGGGAAUGAGAAAACUUCGAGAAGGAAUCGUGGCAUCGAAAAGAAUAGAUGAUUUCUCCAUUCAAGCAUAUAUAUUUUGCAUACGCUUGUCAAUAUUGCUGAAACAUUGGGAAUCGUAUCAUCCAGCAAUGCGCCAUCUACUUCAAGUAAUGCACCCAAAACAUCCACUAUCAAGCACCGAACUUCAGGAAUUUGCAGCAUACCAAGUGCUAGAUUUGGCUUGUAGGCAAUCUGAUCUAGCAAAGGCAUACUCUAUCAGACUUGCGCUCGGGUUGCGAGACCCUAAAGUCGACGAAGUUUUGAAAGCGAUUGCUCACGAUAAUUACUUUCUAUUCUGGAAGGUAAAGAGAGAGGUUGAUGGUUAUAAGGCAAAGAUCAUGGAAUUCGCGGGGGAGGAGAUGAAGCUGCAUGCAUUAAAGUCGAUUGGGAAAACGUACCUCAGUAUCGAUUUAGAUUGCCUGGAGCAACUCACCGAUUCUAGUUGGAGCGUUUUGACUGAGACGUAUAGCGUGGGAUGGCAAUUAGAAGGGACAAAGGUUGUAAUUCGAAAACCAAAGCCACGUUGAAAGUACACACAUGCAUCUGCAAUGUCGUUACUUUUAUUCGAUUUCUGGAAUAUACGAAGUUACAUGUUAUAGGUCAUGAGUUGACCUUAUUCACGAUCAUGACUAUUGAUGGUUUGUAAUCAUUAUCGGCAUGAACUGGGGGUUCAAGGACGUCCGCGCGGAAUCGCAAGAGAGAUCAUGUUGGAUUUGCACACUUCCAUUACCUUUUUGUGGUCGCAACAAAGAAUUCUAGCCGAUGCGACAUGAAAGUCAUUCGACGCGACAGCAGGAUACAUAUGUUCGUUGAUCAUCUUUUGAUCGUAGGCUACGAACCCAUGAUUCUGGUACGACGUGAAUAUCAAAUACUUCACGUCUUUAUUUCACGAGGUUAGAAAGGAAACCUUUCGAUGAUAUUAUCCGAAAGAUGAAGGAAGUUGAUCUGAAGUGUCACAUCAAACUUCAGAGAUUGAUAAAUACUUGAGAAAGGUAUAUCAUUACUAGAAAAUGAAAUUUUAAUAUCCGUUCUACGAAUGUCAAACCUUUCGAGGAUAUUAUGAUUUCAUCCCAUCGUUAGUCGUUUAAUUGUCCUAUUCCGACACUGUAGCUAAACAGGAUUGUAUGCUAAUUCGACAUCUAAUCCACUCUAACUGGCUGAAUAAACACUACAUCUAAAUCACCCUUGCUGAAGGGUUUGAUCUCUAAUAUAUAUUUUCUAAUUGGUUGUUAUACAAAUUGGCCACACUCGUCCAAAGGGUUAUGCUUCAAAUCCGAUUAUCCGAGAGUUGUCCAUCCUUUGGCGGGGUCUCCGCCGAUCAAUCAAUUUUCUUUUUGUAAAACUGCACAUCCUUCGGCAAACACGGGUGUUGUGAAGAGGCAAAUGAUCAACACACGCAACGCACAAUGAAGGAGGGGAGAAAACAAAGGGAAGUUGUGAUCAACAACUCGAAAUUUCGAAUUGAUUGAAGUUAGAUUUAU